CGACUCCAACAGAAGCCGUACCUGACCAGUGCUGACCGCAUAUCUCCUUCUACUUCUUCACGCCUUUCCGACAGUGAUAUCUCCGAAUUAGAAUACGACGACGGCUUCAACACUUCCAGAGAGUCGUGGAGAGGGCUAUUGGCCGACACAAGUCAGAGUUCCAUCGGAAGCAGCGGUAGUCCGCCGCUAAUCAAUACAGUAGACCCGAAGCCCAGUUCCCGACACAACCCGUAUAACUAUUUACCGCAAGACGUGUCGACAAUGGGUCGAAGGGGACGACUGGGGCUGUUGGCUGAGGGGAACGCCUCAUCGCUUCCCACGAAUUACAUACUCAACGAAAACGAAAGUUUUAGAUAUCGGCCGGAGUUUCGCAAAAGCAAUUCACAGCCGACGCGUUCACUAUCGCCGCCUUCGCUGCGGUCGCGGUCGCCCUCGCACUCCAUCGGAACGCCGACUAGUUCUGUGGGCGGCGGACACUUCAGUAAGAAACGACACUUACCUCAAGUGCCGGCAGUGCCCCGACGUGUCGUCGAUAGCGUGUACACCGGUUUCGAUCCUUUACAACAACAACAACAACAGAUGCAGAGCCGGAACUGGAGGCCAAACGUACCGCAAAGACGAUCCGUCGAUCGGAUGACAGGCGGCAUGUAUUCCGACAGUGAGAUCACCACAAAA